UUGGGCAAUGUGGAUUAAUUAAAAGGAGAUCGUACAGCUUUCAAGUUUAUUGUUCUAAUGUCAGACAGCUGUAAAAUCGUGUAGACAGGUUGUCAUACAACAAACAGGGCUUCGGUGAAUAGAAUCUAAUGCUAAACAUUUAACGUACAAUACACGAAACACGCAAAAAAAUGGUCCCAGCCAAUGCUCAAACCACAUGCUCCAACUAGGAGGGGCUUGCUGCUCAAGUGGAAUGCCAAUCAAAGCAUCAACUUCAAAUUGUAUCUGAGAGAUCAGCUCAAGACCUAGGGGCAGACACAUCAGUUGGAGCUCAAUUGUUGAUCAGAUCACAUCCAACGGACUUGGAGCGAAAAACAGAGAACUGAGAUUUUAGAGGAGCGGAUUCAUUUCUGCUCCGUUCUCCAGUGCUUCAACACUUUCAAUUUGACUUCCUUAUUUUUUUUUCUUCUUCGCCCUGACUCUGCUGUAAGAUUGCGGUAGGAAAUGUCUUUUUCCCAGUUGGGCUACCCUCAGUAUUUAAGUGCCACCCAAGCGAUGUACGGAAGUGAUCGUCCGGGAGUGCUGGCUGCGUCUGCCCGCAGUGGAAGCUCCGAAAUUGGGGGAAAUCCGUCGGCUACAGCUGCUGCAGUCACGUCGAUGUUGGGCAUGUACGCCAACCCCUAUGCAGCGCACAACUACAGUGCAUUUCUACCUUACACCAGUGCUGACUUGGCUCUAUUCUCUCAGAUGGGAUCCCAAUAUGAACUUAAAGAAAGCCCAGGCGUUCACCCCGCUAGCUUCGCAGCUCAUAGCAGUCCAGCCUUUUACCCAUAUGGGCAGUUCCAGUAUGGAGACCCUGCUAGACCCAAGAAUGCCACAAGGGAGAGCACCAGUACACUUAAAGCCUGGCUUAAUGAACACAGGAAAAACCCCUAUCCGACAAAAGGAGAAAAGAUAAUGUUGGCUAUAAUAACAAAGAUGACUCUCACACAAGUCUCCACCUGGUUUGCGAAUGCCAGAAGGAGACUCAAGAAGGAGAACAAGGUGACGUGGGGUGCGAGAAGCAAAGAAGAUGAAGACAGCAACAUAUUCGGCAGCGAUAACGAAGGUGACACGGAGAAGAACGAGGACGAGGAAGAAAUUGACUUGGAGAGCAUAGACAUUGAUAAAAUUGAUGACAACGACGGAGAUCAGAGUAACGAGGAUGACGAGGACAAAUCAGAGGGCCGGGAUAGAGUAGAGCUGGACAGUAUGGAGAAGAGACGGGCAUUGGCCCUCCAAGCCUUUGAUAAAUCAAAAGACACGAUUUCCGUCGGCAAAAUGCCGUCUGAUAACAACAGCACUAGAGUACUUUCUCCCAGCGGACAGGGAAGUUUCCAGCUACCAGUAAAUAAUAAGCCCAAAAUAUGGUCCUUAGCAGAGACAGCAACCAGCCCCGAUAGUUCCCAGAAAGCCACGUCACCCUCUGUCCCUGCCAGUCACGCUUCACCCCAGAUCCAGCACCCGGCUUUCCUCCCCAGCCAUGGACUGUACACAUGCCAGAUUGGAAAGUUCCACAACUGGACAAAUGGCGCUUUCCUCGGCCAAAAUUCCCUGCUGAACGUGAGGUCUUUUCUGGGAGUAAAUCAACAUCAUAAUCACCACCUCCAAACACAGCAACAGCCGACCUCGGUGGUUGUAUCAUCUGUAGCGGCACUCAGCAACGAAAAAGUCCCAGAGGAACUCAGUCCGAAGCACAUAGAGCGUGAAAGUGUGCAAAAGGCCGAAUCCCCGACACAGGCGUUAAAGUCAUCUUUCCGACCAGUUCAUGACAGUCCCAGGAAUCAGCAAGAGGCGUCGCAGCGAGUUCUAACGGCUCUUUCUUCAGCCUGAUCAAGACAUUUUUCCGGGGUGGGGUCUUGGGGGGUAGGGUGGGGGGGGGG